AGUAGUGAAAAGAAGUUCUCCGUAAUCACAGAACAGGUUGCGCCUGCUAUAUGCUUUGAUUUAACCAACAGCUGAUCGUCGGCUGGGAAGGGAAGGCAUUCCAAGUUGCGUUUUGUCAUCGGUUUCGAUUACGGAUUGGUCCAGGAAAGGGAACAGUUUCGUACCUUCGAAAAUGUGACGCUCUAUUUUGGGAUUAACCUAAUUCUAUAGUGCUCCUUUGCCUCGUUUUCAAAAGACGAAUUGAAAUCGGUUGUAUUACUAUUUACAAAUUGCACCAAACUUGUUGAGGGACACUACUUUAGCAGAACCAGACUUCGGUGUUACAAUACACGCUGGAAUGUACUUUUCGACACAUUCUUAUUACAUUGUGAUCGUGUACAGGUCCACUCAUUUUGUAAGAAACUUGAGUAAUUCUUGAAGAAGUUGACGGAUAUUUAGUGGCUGAGCUGAAAUCCAGCAUGCGUGUUGUGUCAUCAUGGUGCAUGGAUUGGAGCGGAUAAGAUAAUCUAAUCUCAUAUACGACGUGGAACAAUUCAAAAUAUUGUGUUGGAUAAUCAACCAGCUUCAAUAGUCCAGAGAGUUAUACUGGGAUAGAAGUUACAAGAUGGGGCGUGUCUUACAGUGGCUUUGUAUUUUCAGCGUACUUUUGGCGUUUAUUACAGCAAUAGAUGCACAAGGGUGUCAAAACAACCCCUGUCAAAAUGGUGCGCGAUGCGAGCCCGCCAUCUUGUUACCCGGAUAUGUUUGCCUGUGUUCACUGCAAUGGAUAGGAAGAAACUGUGACUUCAACGUUGAUAAUAUACCGAGACGUGGCCCUAGCCCCGUUACGUGCAGUCAGACAUACUUCGGCACCACAGGUCUCCUUACCUCCCCCAAUUGGCCGGAUCGGGCAGGAAUCAACGAGCUCUGUUUAUACUCGAUCCGGAUCCCAACAGCUACCAGAAUCGAUAUAAACUUGAAUUUCUUCAUAAGUGAAUUUCGAAAGGACGACCUCUACUAUACAACAGGCCCAGAUUUUGAUAUCAAUGAUAAUAAUUUCGGCUUCAACGGGAAUCAGACCCGACUUGGGAUUUACAGCUUUGAGACCAACCAGAUGACGUUUGUGUGGGAAUCAGAUUUCAAUAUUCACAGCGAAGGGUUCAACAUAACGUAUAGCAUCGACUCCAACCCUUGCAUCAACAAUCUGUGUCGAAAUGGUGCCAUCUGCGUACCUAGCGGAAUUACCUAUACCUGCCAAUGUCCAGUGCAGUUCAGUGGAGAGUUUUGCGGACAAGCGGUUGUACUGGUGGAAAAUACACUUCCAUUCCUGGCGGCAGGUGCCCAUGUUGUCGAGGGAAGAGAGACUCAAACAGUUUCAUUUAACCUCCGGUUCGAACCCUCUGCGCUGUCGGUCGGAAAUGUGAUCGGAAGUGGGCUGUGGCGUGUGGAUACAUUCUUGAGCAGUAGCCCUACGGGCGCUGGUUCACGACUGGACGAGAACCAAAUAGUCCUCAACGUUCAGCAGGGCCAGGUCUCGUGGGUGCCGCCGACCCCUUCGCAGAUCAAUAAUCUCCAGGGACAAUUUUUAGUCGGACAGGCGGUGUGCUCACAAAUGAAUUACCUGUGUGCAACAAUUGGGCGUGGUGCCAAUCCUUCGGUUGACUUCGCUCUUACUGGUGACCCUAAUGAACAGGCCCUGGUUGGAUGCGCAGCUGUCCCAUGCGUGGGAGUGGAAAUCUUCUCCACCCGUUUGGCAAUUAAUUCUGGGGGUACCUUGCGUGAGGGAUUCCCUAACCAGAAUAUUGGCUUUGACAUAACCAUGUCCCCGAGGGUUACCGCGGGAAGCGUGUCUGGCUCCAAUCUUUGGAAAGUGACAGUCUUCGGCAGCACCAACCCCAAUGGAGCGGGUACCAGGGUUGGUGAGACCCAGGUGAAUCUCAAUCAGUUCCAAGCAGGGGCAGAUGUGAUCCUAGGCCAGGAUACUGUCCUUCAGGGGAUCAGUGCGCAGUGGAACCUGAACUCGGGAACCAGAUGUGCCGAGAUCCCCUACUUUUGCGCUCUGGUGGAAAAAAACGAUAACCCCAGCCCAGAUUUCUUCUUGUCUGAGCCACCGCAGGUUGCAUGCCAGCCGAUCACAUGCAGAGGUGUGGAAGUCACGUCCACGUCCAUUUCCGUAACCAGUGGCAACCCCAUCGUGGAACGAAGGAACUCGCAUCAGGUGACCUUUAACCUCAACAUCGGCACCAAUCCGGAGGGUGGCAGAGUGAUAGGAAACAACCUGUGGGCAGUCGAUCUUUAUUACAGCACAAGUGACAUUUCAGGAAUUGGCGUUUCUUCUCCCAGCUCAUCGGUUGUCCUGACACCCUUCCAGUCGGGAACGGACAUCAUUUCGCCUGGUCUUACAACCACGCUGCAGGGACUCUCCGGAACUGUUGACCUGUCGUCAACGAUGUGCAGAAACGCCCAAUAUGUAUGCGCCAUCCUCUCGCGAAACCCAGCGUCUAACCCGCUUUUCUCACUUUCACCGUCUCCUGGUUUAGACGAAAGUGUGAUGACAUCAUGUGCUCCAGUCCAGUGUCAAGGAGUUAUCAUCAAUAAUGUAGACUACACUCUUCGGAGCAGUCAACCCCUCCAAGCCAGCACUUCCAACAACGUCCUCACCUUUGACUUUGUGGCCAAUUCUCUGCCCUCUGCAGCCAGCGUCAGUGGUCAAAACCUGUGGCAGCUGGAAAUCUUUGCCAACACUCUCGCCAACGGCCAGGGAACCAUCUCCCUGCUGCAGACCGUGAACCUACCCUUUGGGACCGGCAGUGUGCCUCUCGUUGCAGGGAGCCCCCUCAAUCUGAACAACCUGCAGGCGACCUUUGACCUCAGACCCUAUGCAUGCAUAGACAUCCCUUUUCUGUGCUUGAGACUGAGUAGGAACCAGUUGUCCAACCCCGAGUUCACUAUCACUGGGACCACAGCCAACUCUUUAGUGACCUGCAAGAGCAUCCCAUGCAGUGAUCGUGAUCCUUGCGAUAACCACCAGUGCCUCAAUGGAGCUACAUGCCUGGAGUCAGGAUUGAAUUAUCAGUGCCUUUGUGCACCUGGGUGGACUAGUAACUUCUGUCAAACUUCUAUCAAUGUGUGUAACAGCAACCCCUGCCAAAACGGUGGAGUCUGUCAGAACUUCCAAACCUUCUUCACAUGCACGUGCACUCUUGGAUGGGAGGGAGACCAAUGUCAGAUAAGUGAUACAGGUGUCAUAAUGCAGUUUGUGCGGCUUCUGAUCAAUUCUGGAACGUUGCGUCAGGCUUCCGAGACCAACCCCCUCAAUGUCAAUGUGGAGCUGAACAGCAACCCAUCUGGCAACAGCAUCGCAGGGUCAGGCCUGUGGCAGGUCACCAUCUACCCCAGCACCUCCAUCAACGGCCUUGGGGGGACCCCAGGCUCAGAAACGACCCCCUUCCUCAAUAUCGCACAAUCGGGGGUCGGUCUGGUUUCGGGUGGACAGGCGACGAUCACUGAUGUCGACAUCAACCUGAACGUGAGGGACUUGUCCUGCUCCGACAUCCCUUAUAUCUGCGUUAGGGUCGCCAAGGGGCAGAACCCAAAUCCUAACUUCCUACUCGGAGGGUCUUUGGUUGGCUGCACGCCAUCUAACUGUAGAGGAGUGGACGUAACACGGCUCAACCUCGCUCUCCUCUCUGGUUUCAUUUUCGAUGAGAACACUGCAACAAACACAGUCCAGUUCCACCUAGGGAUUGUCAGUGACCCUGCUGGCGGAAGCGCAUCAGGAACAAACUUGUGGUCCAUCAACACCUUUGUCAGCAACCAGCCUGAUGGUUCAGGCACCCGUCUAGGCUUGAGGAACAACAUCCCCCUCACCAACAGCCAGGGUUCCAUCUCAGCGGUUGCAGGCAUCACUACACAAAUCCAGAAUGUAGCCUCCAACGUGGACCUGUCGAACAUUGACUGCAGCGAGUUCCAGUAUUUUUGCGCUGAACUCACCAAGGGCCCCAACCCAAGUAUGGACUUCGACAUCGUGCCCCCAAGAAGUGUAACGUGCGUGCAAGUUACCUGCAAUGGUGUGACUAUCAACAGUGUGUUUGCAAGCAUCAAUGGUGGAUUCCCCGUGACCAGCGGCCAGACCAACCUCAUCACCUUUGACUUCACCGCCAAUGCUAGCCCGGCCUCCGCCAGCAUCAACGGCAACAACCUGUGGCAGAUCCAGGUCUAUACCAGUCCUACCAACAACGGCAACCCAUCUGACAGCACGUCCCAGCAGCUGGCCACGCUGGGUACCCAGGCCGGCUUGGACUUGGUGGGAGGGGGAUCUCUGGAGUUCACCAAUAUUCAGGGACAGCUGGACUUGACAAAUGUGGAAUGUACUCAAAACACCUACGUGUGUUUUGAUCUUCAAGCGAAUCCUGGAACGUCAGUGCCUUUCACUCUAGAUGGAAACACUAGAUACUGUCAGUUGCUACAAUGCACAGCCCCAUCACCGUGUUCAUCCAAUGCUUGCUUUAAUGGUGGUGCAUGUGUAGAGCAGGGAGGUGGAUUCAUCUGUAAUUGCCCCAUUGCAUGGGUCGGAUUCCAAUGUCAAACAGAAAAUCCCUGCCUUCCUGUCAACCCCUGCCUGAAUGGAGCAACCUGCCUGGGAGAUAAUGAUGGGACAUUCCAAUGCUUGUGUGUCAAUGGCUACACCGGUUUCUUGUGCAAUAUACCACCAGAUCCGUGCAACUCUUUCCCUUGUUCCAAUGGUGGAGCAUGCAGUCGCAUUGGACAGAGUUCCUCUUUCCAGUGUACCUGUACUAAUGGUUAUAGUGGUCAAAGAUGCCAGAACAGAGAUCGUUGCAUACUGGAGUCUCCUUGUUUGAAUGGAGCAGUCUGUCUACCUGACAUCAUCUUAGCAUCCUAUCAAUGUCUCUGCCCACAAGGAUUCAAAGGCAUUAAUUGCCAGUAUUCAGAUAUUUGCUUCCCAAACCCUUGCCUGAAUCAGGGUACCUGCUCAUCAGAUCAGUUUGGUCAAUCAUACACCUGUAACUGCCGUGGUGGUUUCCAAGGAGUAAACUGCCAAACUGAAGAUUUGUGCUUUGUGAAUCAGUGUUUGAAUGCGGGAACCUGCGUAUCACAACUGGAUGGAUCAAGGCUGUGUACAUGUCUGCCCCAGUACAGUGGAAACUUAUGCCAAUUCAAUAAUCCUUGUCAGCCUAGUCCUUGUCUAAAUCAAGGUACUUGCCUGCUAGAUCAAACAGGGCAGUCAUCAAUUUGUCGCUGUACCCAAGGCUUUAGUGGACCGAGGUGUGAAUUUACAAAUCCCUGCCAGAGUAGCCCUUGCCUGAAUGGAGGACUCUGUCAGGUUUCACUCUCGGGUUCAUUCUAUACCUGCAGUUGUAAUUCCGGUCUCUGGACAGGGGCCAACUGUAACACGGCAGUGGUCUGUGUGGGACUUCCCUGUUUCAACGGAGGAACCUGUUUCCCGUCGUUUGACGCAAGUACUUUCACAUGCCAGUGCCAAAAUGGGUUCGGGGGAACCCUCUGCAGUAUCAGACAAUUGUGCAACCCUAAUCCCUGUCUGAAUGGAGGUAACUGUAACACUGAUGGGAACACCUUCACCUGUAGCUGCCCUCAAGGUUUCCUGGGUACCAACUGUCAGAUACAAAACCCUUGCCAGCCUAAUCCUUGCUCCAAUGGCGGUCAGUGCGCAGCUACAUCCCAGGGACUGCAGUUCACCUGUACCUGUCCUAGCUCAAGGUUCUAUGGUCCAACAUGUAAUUUCCAAGAUGGCUGCGCACCUCAGAACCCAUGCCUGAAUGGGGGUAUCUGUAGCACUUUAGAUGUCUUUGGCUCCUACUCCUGCAACUGCCCACCAGGCUGGACUGGUACAAACUGUAAUCAACUAGUUCCAUGCGGUUCGAACCCAUGUCUAUUUGGUGGACAGUGUUUUGAUGACCCUUCGCAAUUUAGUGGAUAUCGAUGCGUUUGUGUUUCUGGAUACACAGGACUCACGUGUAACAUAAUUGACCUGUGUAGUGCAGCACCCUGCUACAAUGGAGGCACUUGUACGUUGCUGAAUGGAGGCAAUAAUUAUGCCUGUGCCUGCUUUGAUGGGUACUUUGGAGAUCAGUGUCACAUGCGUCAUCCUUGCAAUCCCAACCCCUGCCUCAAUGGAGGUCUCUGUAACUCCAUAACAAUUAUCACGCCAGUGACUUAUACUUGCACAUGCUUGUCGGACUUCACUGGCGUCAACUGUGGAACCAAUCUGCUGAUUUGCCCCAAUCCAAGUGAUUACAUGUGCCUCAAUGGUGCUUGUGUCAGCGGACAAUCACGCUGCAAUGUUGCCUUGGAUUGCCCGGAUUUCUCGGAUGAAACAAGCUGUCCCCUCCCAUGCCAGAAUGGAAUGUUCCAGUGCACCUCAAUCCUACAGUGUAUCUCUUCAUUGCUUGUCUGUGAUGGGACCAACCAUUGUAAUGACGGGUCGGAUGAGGGGCUAGUUUGUCAGAACCCGUGCGAGCCCAAUCCCUGUCUCAAUCAAGGAGUAUGUUCCGGUAGCAUAGGAAGUUUAACCUACACUUGCGUGUGUACAGCUGGGUUCUCUGGGCAGAACUGUGGUACAGAUAGAGCAUCAAAUGAUGCUCCGCAGUUUAUCUACACUCAAGACCCAACAGUCAAGGUUACAGAGGGACAGAGCCCAUCAAUCGUGGUAUUCACCCUGAAUGCAACUGACCCUGACGGUGACCCCAUAACCUAUGACCUCUUCGAUGAUGCAGCGAGGUCAAUCUUCACCAUCAAUCAGUUUACAGGACAGUUGUAUGCCUUGCCAGGCCUUGAUUAUGAGACGUUGGGAAAUCAAGUGAUUAUCACUGUCUCCGUGACUGAUGGCAUUAAUGAUCCGGUACCCCAAACUAUCUACGUACGCAUCACUGAUGUGAACGACAUUGCUCCGACCUUCACCAACCUGCCAAACAUUACCUAUGUCUUUGAGAAUGCUACCUUCGGUAGUGAGCUCUACCAAGUCAUCACCACCGAUGAGGAUACCUUUUAUGGUGGAUUUGUGACUUACUCCAUUUCGCUAGUCACCCCCAGCACUCCUGGAUCUGCUCCAAAUAAUUACUUCUCUAUUGGAGAGACGGAUGGCAUCAUUCAGCUUGCUACAUCUCUUAAUUAUGAAGAAAUACAACAAUACUUUGUGACGGUAGUGGCCCGGGAUUACGGGACUGGUGACACUAGUCUCUCCAGCACAGCCACGCUGACGGUCAGUGUCCUGAACAUCCAAGAUACUAACCCAGUCUUCCUCAAUAUCCCCUAUGAUGUCACUAUCCCAGAGACAUUACCAGUGGGAUCAACUGUGCAAACCAUCACAGCCACAGAUCCUGAUUCCAAUGAUGGCAACAUCAUCACAUAUAAUCUUGUCGUCAGUGACAGUCAAGGCUAUUUUGUGAUUGACCAAACCACCGGCAUCAUCACAGUCAACUCUCAGAUGGACAGAGAUAACCCUGUUCUCCCAGCCACAUACCCACUCAUUGUCAGUGCUGUCGAGACCAGUUCUGGUGGAGUCUCCUUCGCGCAGGUCAGUUUCAACGUCACUGUCUCGCCUGCAAACGAUGAACCGCCCAUGUUUGAUCAAAAUUCCUACUCCGCAUCCAUUCCAGAAUCAGCGUCCGUCAACUCACAACUCCCGAUCACUAUUACAGUCAACGAUGGUGAUUUGAUUACUGAUAGCACAGUAACAGUUUCCCUGCAAAAUGGUAACAGCGUUCCUUUCAGAGUUUCACCAACUCAAGUUGUUGGUAGUGGUACGGUCGACAUUCUCAUCACUCAACCCCUUGAUUUUGAAAACAACCAACAAUAUACUUUACAGCUUCAAGCAGUCGAUGGAGACGGUCAAGACAUAGCUCCUUUAAUGGUGACUGUGACUGAUGUGAAUGAUAACAACCCUGUAUUCAUCAAUCGGCCGAUAGAUAACAUUUACAGAGGUAGCAUCAAUGAGAAUGACCAGACGGGAACGUUCAUUGUCCAGGUGUCCACAACGGAUGCGGACAGUGGCUCGAACGCAGCGGUCACUUACUCUAUCAUUAGCGGCAACAUUAAUAAUGUCUUCACGAUCAAUCCUACGUCUGGUGCUAUCACAAACACCCAAAUCCUUGGACCUAACACCCCUCAGACAUACACUCUCAGUGUCAGGGCAACCAACCCUACACCGGGUGUUGCACCGGCGACUGGAACAUCUACUUCGACCGUGAUCAUCACUGUGAAUGAUGUCAAUGACAGUCCACCAAGAUUUAGUGACGAUGAGUUCACUGUUUUCAUCAAUGAGGCUGCUCAGGUCGGUACCACCGUCACAAGGAUCACAGCUACCGAUGAAGACAUCCCGGAAGGGGAUAGACUUACCUAUAUCAUCACUGCAGGCAACACAGGAGGGCAUUUUCAAAUCAACCCUGUAUCCGGGGAUGUGACCCUUCUGAGGCAGCUUGACCGGGAGCUUGAAUCCCAGCACAACCUGACCAUCAGGGCCACUGACCAGGGAGCUCCGCCUCAGUCCGCGACCACCACGCUCAAGGUCAUCGUACUCGACUUCAAUGAUAACGCCCCUCAGUGGAGCCCGCAGAGCUACGUGGACAGCAUCCUGGAGAACGUGCCACUCAACACGUUUGUUCUACAGGUGGUAGCUACCGAUGCUGAUCAAGGCACCAACGCUGACCUGUCAUUCACCAUCAACAAUGCCAACAACGUUCCUUUUGUCAUUGAUGACCAGGGCAACAUAAGAACAUCUGGUCCUUUGAACAGAGAAACUGUACCUCAAUACAAUUUUCUGGUUACGGUGCUAGACAAUGGUAGCCCGCAGCAAGCAGGCAACCCUCCCGCCACCGUCACCAUCAACAUCUUGGACGUUAACGAUGAGCCUCCUGUCCUUGAUCGGAAUUCCUACGAGUUCACCGUCUCUGAAGAUGUCAACUUCAACACCUUUGUUGGACAGGUCACUGCCACAGAUCCGGACCUCUCCGGAACCCUAACGUACACCUUCGUGCCAGCUGACCCAGACUUCAGCUACAUCUCAGGAACCAUCCGCACCAACACCCAACUGGACGCCAACCAGCAACAGGUCUACCAGAUGACCGUUUUUGCUUCGGACGGUGUCCAGAACUCGCAGUCGGCACCGGUCACCAUCAACGUGCUGGACGUUAAUAACCAGGCACCGUCCUUCGGGUUGGGCACCUAUGUCAAGUCUCUUCCAGAGGACUCUCCGUUUCAGACUCUCGUCGUUGAUCUGAAUGCUACAGAUCCGGACAAUGGAAACACAGGACUGAUCAUCUACAGCUUUGAGAGCCUGAGCCGAACUCAAGGUCCCUUCACCGUCGACCCCUACACCGGGGUCGUGGAGAUCUCAACGACUGCUGGCCUCGAUAGAGAGACUCAGGACGAGUACACCAUGAUCGUAAUUGCUGUCGACCAACCGGCCAGUGGUCAGCCUAUGACAGGCACGGCCACCGUCUCGGUGAUAGUGACCGAUGUCAAUGACAACGCACCAACUUUCCGCGACAUUUCGUACGAGGAAUCAAUUUUUGAGAACCAUCCUCUAGGCUCAAAUAUUCUCACUGUACAAGCUGAUGACCCAGACUUGGGAGUGAAUGCUGUGGUUCUCUACCGUAUCAUCAGCGGAAACAACAACAACCUAUUCAACGUUGACGGUCAAGGGAACAUCAACCUCGGGAGCACACCUCUGGAUCGGGAGAUGCAAGACCAGUAUUUCCUCAUCGUUCAGGCCUAUAACAGCGACCUGUCAGUGGGAACCAACGAAGUGCCAGUGAUCAUCAACAUUCUUGACAUCAAUGAUGUGACGCCAUUGUUCCAGCAGCAGAACUACUAUAGGCCAGACCUUUCAGAGAACUCACCUAGUGGAACCCCAGUCCUCCAGGUCUUCGCACAAGAUCAGGACCUGGACUUGGCAGGCGAUGUGCAGUAUAGCUUAAUUGGGAACCCUAACUUCUUGACCAUCAACUCUGACACUGGGGUCAUCUCGGUCAACGGUCCUAUCGCUGACCUCAGUGGGUCAAGGAACUUCACUAUGACCGUCAGAGCCACCGAUCAGGCCAGCCCGUUCCUUAGGGGCGUGGCGACGGUUACCGUGACGGUCGUGGAUGACACCGUGACAAUACCGAUAUUCACUCUAUCAAGAUAUCCUGCAACUGUGAUUGAGAAUGUUAAUGCUGAUACACCUGUGACCAGGGUUUCUGCUACAUUGAAUGGAAACCCGGCUGGUAUAACAUACGCCAUCGAUCCUAACGCUAGCCCUGCUGUCUUAGAAAUCUUCAAGAUUGAUGAGAAUACCGGCCACAUCACCACUGAGGGCGCUAUUGAUCGAGAGGUCGAGGACUUCUACGCCUUCACCGUCUUUGCCUAUCACGAGGAUAGUGUCGCACCAGGCUCUACAUCGGUGUGGGUGAAUAUCCUUGAUGAGAAUGACAAUCCACCAGAGUUCAUCACCGUACCCCCAUCCCCAGUGAGUGUCACGGAGAACACCGGAGGGAACGUUCCUGUAGGGCUGUUCAGGGCUACAGAUCCAGAUACUGGUAUUAAUGCACAGAUGACCUUCUCUAUCUCGGGGGCAGGCUCCAACUUUUUCAACGUCUUCCAGACAGCUAAUGGUGGAGGUACUAUUGUAGUAACCAGCCCACUAGAUAGAGAGAGGCAGGACUUCUAUCAGCUGACUGUGACGGCUACCGAUGGUGGAAAUCCAUCUCUGAGCUCCUCCUUCCCACUCAACAUCACUGUGACCGAUGUCAAUGAUAACUACCCCAUAUGGACACGCAACGUCUACGAGGGAUCAAUCAACGAGAAUAACUUCACCUCCAACCCCAUCAUCACUGUGAUGGUCAACGAUCUCGAUCUCCCGUCGUCCAACAACUUUGAGUACUCCAUCAUCGCCGGUGAUCCAAUGGGCAUGUUCGAGAUCAACAGUAACGGAGAGAUCACUGUGUCCAGCCUCUUGGACAGAGAGCAGCAAGAAACUUAUCAACUGACCAUUGAGCUUAUAGACCAGACCAACUCACCUCCAGCCCGGACUACCACCUUGGCUAUCAUCACCGUGGGAGACGAGAACGACAACACACCGAUCUUUGCCGAGACCGUCAUCAGGGUCGACGUGACGGAGGGGCCGUCCUCUCAGAACAUUCCAGUCUACAUGCUGACGGCGAAUGAUAUUGAUCUAGGAUUGAACAGGGAUAUCAUCUAUGCCAUCGGGUCUCAACAACCUCAAUCUCAUUUCCAGAUUAAUCCUGAGACGGGUAUGAUAUCGACCACCACCGCUCUAGACUGGGAGACUAUAUCGGAAUACACCCUCAUCGUGACCGCUACCGACCAGUCACCAACAGAACCUAGGACUGGCACUGCUACAGUAAUCGUCAGCGUGAAUGACAUCAACGAUGGUGCUCCGAUGUUUGUCAGGGAUGUCUACGGACCAUACAGCGUCGUGGAAGAGGUUUCCAACUCCUACAUUGAUUCUUUCCAAGCAACAGACACAGACCAGGGACUAGCGGGAACGGUCACCUACAGCGUGAUAGGACAGUAUAGUAAUCUGUUCUUCAUUCAGCCUCAAACUGGUGUGUUGACUAUCAGGCCUGACAGAGCUCUAGAUUACGAGACGAUCACUGAAUUCAACAUCACCGUGGUUGCCACGGAUAUGGGGAACCCCGCCCUAUCAUCAUCGACUUUAGUUGGAAUCAAUGUCAUCAACAUCAACGACCACACCCCUAUCUUCGAGGGGAUCCCGUACACCAUCACCCUCAGCAAGAACAUCUCGGCAGGCUCACUGGCAUACGUCGUCAGGGCAACGGAUGAUGAUGCUGGCAUCUUUGGCGAGGUCCGGUAUCAGAUCACAGAUGGAAACACCGACAACAUCUUCAGGAUUGAUCAAACGAUUGAUUCCAUGGGUGCGACAGAAGAAAAGACUGGUGAGGUGUUUGUGCAGGGACUGUUGGAGACAGGUACUUAUCGUCUUGUAGUAGAAGCAAGGGACACACCUGGAGACAUACCUAGCUCAAGAGCUUCAUCCACUACAUUGACUAUUGUAGUAACGGAUAUCGGAGACUUGGCACCGACCUUCCCUGGAAGCUCUCUGUUUACUGGCAACGUCUUUGAGAAUGCUCCAGUAGGACAGCCUAUUACCAUGAUUCCUCCCAUCCGAGCUAUUAAUAGCGAUGCUACUGGCCAGCUGGUUUACACCAUUACGGGUCCCGACUCGCAAACAUUCAUGAUCAAUCAACUCUCAGCCGGAAUUCAAGUGAAUGGACCUCUAGACAGGGAGACCAAAGAUUUCUACGAAUUUGGGGUGAUCGUCACUGAUUCCAUGGGUCUGACUGCAAUGGGCACUGUUCAUAUCAACGUCCUGGAUGUGAAUGACUUUGCGCCGGCAUUCAACGAUUCCGUCUACAACUUCACCAUCCCAGAGAAUUCACCUGGAGGCUAUUAUGUUGGAGGUGUGAGCGCAUAUGACCUUGACGGUGACAAUGUCAACUUCUUCAUACAGACGGGAGGAGAGGAUAAGUUUGAUAUCGGAGGCACAUCAGGAACGAUAACGGUCACACCUGGAGCAGUAUUAGACCGAGAAGAGAAACCCUUCUACACCCUAACCGUCAUGGUCUCUGACCUACGCAACCCGCCCCUCAGCGGUACCGCCACCGUCUACAUCUACCUCAUUGACAUCAACGACAGUCCUCCCAAGUUCGACGCCUCCUUCCUGGAUCAAAUCAUCUCCAUCCCCGAAGACACGCCCGGUAACACAAUCGUCACAACGGUAACCGCGACCGACGAUGACCUCAACUCCAAUAUAAAUUACCAGAUCGUCUCGGUGUCCGUCUACGAUGAGGAUGACGUUGAUAUCACAUCGUUUUUCGAUUAUAGGACGGUCUUCAGCCUCAAUCCCACAAAUGGGAAUAUUACGUUGACCUCACCUGUUGACAGAGAGGUCACUGAGAAGUUUGUGUUUUCAAUUUCAGCGAGGGAUUUGAAUUCUCAGAAUCCUAUCUUCGGCACGAGCCAAGAAAAUGCCCAAGUCACCAUUCUAAUCACCGACAUCAACGACAACCACCCUGCCUUCCAGCCUCCCGGCACCACCUUCAUCCUCCGCCAGCUCCCAGAAUCCUUUGGAGCAGGAAGUCCAAUCCCUGGCAAUCUGCUAGCCUUGGAUCCAGACCUUGGUCUGAACGGCGAGGUGAUGUACAUUAUUCAGAAUCCAUCGGGUGUGCCCGUCACCAUCGACCAGAAUACAGGUCAGCUGACCCUCCUGGUGACCGUUGACCGAGAGCAGCAACCCUGGGUCAACCUGACCGUCCUGGCCGUUGACAAGGGCACGCCGUCCCUCAACACCAGCAUCCCCGUGUACCUCGAAAUCAUCGACAACAAUGACAACAACCCCGUCUUCGGAGCACAGUCCCACACCACCACGAUCAUAGAGAGUGAGCCUAUUGGUGCGUUUGUGUUCAAUGUCAAUGCGACGGAUGCUGAUAGCGGAGGCAGCGGUCGCGUGACCUACAGUCUGAUUGGGGGUGAUGGAAAGUUCACCAUUAAUCAAGAUUCGGGAGUGAUUACCCUACUGCAGCAAGUGGACAAGGAGACCCAGUCCCAGCACAUGUUGACAGUGUUUGCAAGGGACAACCCUGGGGACUCUGAAGACAGUAGAACAGGCUCAACUACAGUAAUUGUCAAUGUGUUGGAUGCUAAUGAGUUUCCACCGGUAGUAACGCAGCCCAUCUUCACCAUCGAUGAGGGUGGGAUCGGGGGUGAAGUGGUAGGGGUCAUUGAGGCCUAUGACCCUGAUGACCCUGACGACCCUAACCAGUCACUGUACUAUGUGGUUGUCAGCUCACAACCAGAAGUUGGCGGUACAUUGUUUAUUAUCAACAAUGCGACUGGGGAGAUUAUCACUACUGGACCUCUUGAUAGAGAUAAUAAUCUACACCCAGCCAGGGUUGAUCUAGAUGUGAUCGUUUACGAUGACGGCAAUCCAAACCUCGGUACACCAACCACCGCCAUCAUCUAUAUCAAUGACCUCAACGACAACCAGCCCACCUUUGACCUUCCCUUGUACGACGUGACGGUCGUAGAGGGUCAAUAUAGUGACCCCAUCAUCACUGUGGUGGCUAAUGAUCCUGAUCAGAACAGUAAUCUCAGAUAUGAGAUCCUUGGAGGGAACCUCAACAAUACAUUCGUUCUAGUCGAUGGAGGCUUGAUCCCGGUCAAACCACUGGACUUUGAGACGUUCACGAACUACAAUCUGACCGUUGUGGUGACCGACGACAGCGGGAAUAGAGAUACGACCUACGUCGCCGUCACCGUAACCGACGCCAACGAUCACAACCCCACGUUUGUUCCAGAUCAAUACAGUCUUACUGUCACUGAGAAUGAACCUCCAGGCACACAGGUCGGAGCAGUAAUUACCAUUGACGGCGACACCCUUCCAGAGUACACCGACAUCAUCUACACCAUCCUAACAGGCAACGGCCUCGGAAACUUCACCAUCAACUCCACGACGGGCAUCAUCACCACGGCAACGAUCCUGGACAGGGAGAAGACCAGCGAGUAUGUUCUGACUAUAGGAGCGGAGAAUCCGGUCGGAGGAACAACGGGAACAGCAACGGUUUCCAUCAUUGUGAGAGACGUCAACGACAAUACUCCCACCUUUGAAGAGAAUCCUUACAUCUCCACCGUCACUACCAACACUCUCCUGGUAGACGUGCAUGCUAACGAUCCAGAUGAAGGGGGCAACGGCAUCGUCAUCUAUGAGAUAGUAUCCGGCAACGAAGAUAAUCGCUUCCAAAUCGACAACCGGACUGGGGUCAUCACCCUUGUCAACCCACUGGAUAGUCAACUGAUAAGGAAUUACACUCUGGUGGUCAUAGGUCACGACCUUGGAAACCCUCGUCUCCAGAGCAACACAACCGUCGACCUCCGGAUCAACUACCUGGGUCUCAACGCCCCUCCGUCUUUCGUCCGACCGAACCAGGGCUCUACCGUCUUUAUUACUGAGAACAAUCCCCUUGGUCAAUUGAUCAUCAAUGCUUUUGCCGUGGAUGACGAUGUCGGAGCUAACGGAGUGGUCGAUUACAGCAUUCUUCCCAACUUUGACUACAGUGAUUUUACCAUCGACCCGGUGACUGGAGAUAUCACUAUACUGGUGUCAGCUGACAGAGAGAUAAAGGAUUCUUAUACAUUGACAGUAGUAGCUACUGACAGAGGAGAUCCAAACCUGUCAACCAGUUCCACAUUUGUCAUCAGGGUACUUGAUGAAAACGAUAACAAUCCUGCCUUCCCCAGACCAGAUGGUAUGAACAAUCCUAUCGUGCUGAAUCUGAAUGUGUUUGAGAAUGCCAACAUCAGCGAUCUGGUCGGAACCGUUGAUGGUGCUAUCGAUCUAGACCUGGGGGCAAAUGGACAAAUCUUCUACCACAUUGUCGAUAGCACAGUCGGAGGUAUCUUUGUGAUCAACUCCACGACCGGAGUAGUCACCGUGAACGGCACCCUCGAUCGAGAAGACAUAGGCGUUCACACCAUUUACAUCCUUGCAACCAACGACGCUACCUACAAUGGGACGGGACCCUAUAACGUCUUGGACAAUAUCUCACUGAAAGAAGUCAAGAUUACACUGUUGGACAUCAACGACAAUGCACCAAGAUUCACCAGUACUGUCAUAUCUGCUUGCAUUCCAUUUGACAUUAGCCUGGGAAUGACAGUCGUGAGCGUGGCCGUGGUCGACCUCGAUGGGGGUACCAAUCUCGGGAUCGCAUACUCCCUCAACUCCAUCCAAUUCAUCAACAGUGAAGGAGAGAGGCUGGCGGCCAUCAACGCCUUCACAAUCAACAGUGAGACCGGUCAGAUCGUCACCAAUCAGAGGUUCGGAGAAGCUUAUUUGCAAGGGUACUUUGAUAUUGUUGUGCAGGCGACGGAUGUCAACACCGGGCAGUUUGCCGUUGCGUCCAUCAGGCUCUGUAUCUUGAACAACAAUCAGCGAGUAGUGGUGGUCAUCGAUGCAGGAAUUGAUGUCGUUAGAGACAACAGAGAGAUCCUAAUAGAGAUCCUUCAGAAUAUCACCGGUGGUAUUGUGUUUAUCGAUGACAUCACAACCCAUCGUGACGAGGAUGGUGUCAUUGUGCCCGAUAGCACUCAAGUCCUGAUACAUGUCGUUGAUCCCAACACGGGAGAGGUACUGGAUGCAAAUCUUGUCACAGCGCUUAUUGAUGAGAAUGCCAUGAGCAUAGAAGUUCUCUUCGAUGACCUGGACGUCAUUGCAGUCUAUCCUCUGUUUGGAGGAGGGGGUCUUGGCGGUCUUGGGGUGUUGGAAGCGGCCCUCCUGGCGUUUGGUAUCCUACUCUUCCUGGGGGCUCUCAUCUUUGCUAUCAUCCUCUGCUGUCUGAGACGAAGAUUGCUGCGUAAGAUGCAAGGAGGAGGUGUGACCUUAGGUAAAGCACAUGCAGAUCUCCUCAAGGAGAAUCGUAGCACCAGCUACCAAGGCUCCAACCCUCUGUGGCUUGAUGCGGACACCAGCCAACCAGAUGACUGGCCGGAUAGCAUCUCGUUGCUAGGAGGAACCGUCAAGGACUAUGAGGCUCAGGAAGCUACAAUGAAUUUCCUGUCUGAUGAGAUACCUGUAGAGAUAGCAGAGGAUGCGGUUGUCAUGACGUCUAUGGUCAGCGACAAGAGCGUCCGGAACAAGAUGUCUAACGGCGGAAUCCACCGCAAUGGCUACGCAAACGGCUUCGCAAACGGCUCCAUCUCAACGGUCAAGCGAGUGGACACCACAAACCUGAAUGGAGGAACUCGGACCAUGAGGAACAACAUUUACGAAGAUGGAACGGUGUCGGCCCACAUGCAGCAGCAGCAUCCUUGGGGAGGUGGUGGCGGACUGACAGAGGAACAUUACUCUUCUACGACAAGCACGACAAGAUCUGCACCGCCACCUCGGCGUACUGAAACAGACAGCAGGCAAUUCAGCUCGUCGUUGUCGUCCAGAUCCACGCCAGUUCUGCGAGAGACCCAAAACUCGUUGCGCCACCGUAAGAUGCUGACAGAGCAGACAGCGGCAGAGAUCCGGGAAAUGCUUCAGGACAUGCCCCCGUCGCACUUGGAGCAGCAGUCCGAAAUGGCCGCCGCCGCCUACCGAGAGCAGAUGGAGUACGAAGCAGAGCUCACACCGAUCACGGAAGAAGGGUCGAUGUCAUCGCGGUCGACGAACACCCGCGGUAGCAGCUACAGAGGGCAGGAUUCUCUUGAGAGGAACAAGCGGAACGGGACGAUCUCCAAGCAGUACCAGGACCCGAUGGGCAAGUUUGCGGGAGAGUCGUCACUGGAAGAGCAGUACAAGGAGGAAGAGAUCAAUGGGGAGGAUUCUAAGACCAAGAUCAAGACCUACUCAGCCAAGAGAGUAUCGAGUAAAGUCUACACAGGAGGAGAGAUGGUGCCCAUUCCAGAGCUGGACUCUGGAGAAAUCACCAUGUCCUCUUUAGGUGAUAUUAAGAUAAUUAACAGGAGGAACAUCUCUUCGCUUCAAUGUAGCCCAUCAGCAGAUCAUAUGCUCAGUGGUAUAGAAUCCAGGUUGGCUUUACAAGAUGAGCAUAGCUCAAUGAGUGGGUCAUCCAGCCCGCAGGGUCGAAGCUUUACGUACCAGGUCUUGCCUGACAGUGGCGGUAGCAACGCUGAGAACCCCUCAGUGGCUUCCCAUACCAUGUCCUCACAGUCCGAUGACAGCGGUAGCAGGAACGGCGAAUUCAACCUCGCCAUGAUGGACGAUGAGGACGACGACGACGCCGACAUCGUCGAGGAGAGACGGGUGAGGAGAACGAUCAAGAGAGAGACGAGCGGAGGAGAUGGGAUAGGAGCAAUGGGAGGAGGAGGAGGAGGGGGGCGAGGUUACUCAAACAAUGGGUUCAACGAUGAAGAAAGUGCUCUGUAAAAGAACUUCUAUCCUCUACAUAAUAUGAGUAGGUCCUCUAGCUAUGCAUGGUCUACUACUACAAUACAUGUAUGCUUUUUGUACACUUUUGUAUGUCAGCUUAAUGUUUUGAGUUAUGAAUAUUUAAAGAGUAUUCAGAUGUAUACCAACAGUUGUUUGUCAGCGUUCUUGUCAUGUCUUUUUGAUUGUUUUAUCCUAGCAAGAAAAAAAUGAUGUCAUUGAUGCUAAUAAUGAUAUGCAUGUAUAAGUGCUACUGCCAUCAGUUAAUAGUUAACCAUCAGUUAAUAGGCAAGUCGUGAGAAUUUUUCAAUCUGUAAUAGGACACAAAAAUAUGUUGGUCUUUUGACUUAAAGAUUUAAAUAUGUCUAUUGCCAUUUGACAUGAGUUUUCAUGUUUUAAAAAAUGUGAAAACUUUUGAAGUAUAGUAAUUUGGUAUUUUACUUUUAAAAUAAAUCAAUUCAUUAUGCACAUGCAUAAUUAUUCACUUUGGUAUCUCCAAUCUUGCAAAAUAAGAAUCGUUUGCUUACAAAUUCAGUAAACGCAAGUGAUAAUGUUACACUGAUGUUAACCCUGUACGUGUCUUCUUGUUAACAUUCUUUAUUUGUGUAUAUAAGACAAGUGCAUUUGUACUGGCUAUUGCAAGAUAAGAAAAAAAGUACUUAAAUAUAAUAUAUAGUUUUUAAUAUGAACUUACAUGUAUGUAGAGAUUUCUGUAACCGGUGAAGUACAUUUAUUACCUGUACAUUUACUUUGACGACUGCUCAUGAGUUGUAACUAUUAAAACAUGUACAUUUUAGCUGCAUAAUAUAGUAUUUUUAUACUUGACCAUCAAUAUAGUUCAGUACUGUACAUGUAUAUCUUGUAUAUCUUAUAGGCUUUUUUUUUUAUCAACAAUAAAGUUAAAUUAUGUAUACUAAUUAGUAAUAUUUGAUAUGUUAAAAGAUAUUUGAUAUGGAUUCAUGUUAUUGAACAUGAAUUUUUUAUAGGAUUCUAGUCUGAAAGGCUCGUUUUUGGAAUUGUUUAUUUGAAAAUGUUUUAAAUAAUGAAAACCUUAUUUACAGAAAUAUACAUGUUGUAACAAAAAAGAGUAAGAAUAUGCAAUUUUUUUAUGAAGCUUAUUUAUAUCUUAGCAGAAUCAUGCUGUAUAGAAUGAAUUACAAUGUAAGAAGAUAUUUUCAUGUGUUGUAAGGAGAAUAAUCAUGAUGUUUUUCUUUUUCUUCUGAUGCUGUCUUCCACGAUAGGUUUGAUUUUUCGGAUUAAAAAACAAAAUGUCCUCGUUAUCACUCCUUGCCCUCCAGAAUAAUCUCAAAAUCAAAAUUACAAAUUCUAUUUUAUUAUUUUUCUUAACAACUAUAACAAAUGUAAACGUAGUUGACCAUUGAAAGUUGGCCUAUUAAUAUUGCAGCUUUCAAAUUGCCUGAUAUGCAGCAAAAGGACCUUACAUGUUAUUCUUACUUUGUUAAAAACAUUUAUAUUGACAGUAUAUUCCUAAGAGGACAAACCAGAUUGGACGAAAUGUCAGUCAAAAUGAAAGUGGAAAUAAGUUUUCUAAUCAACAACUCCAAUGUCAAUGGUUUCAGAGAGAGAAUUCAUGUACGUGCAGGUUAUUUUCACCCAUUUUUAAAUAUUUCUCAUUUUACCCAAGUCAUAUUUCUAAAAAUGUUGAGCCAUGCCAUAGUACAUUAUCUUUCUUCAACAGGCUUUGUGCAGAAAAAGAGAAAAUACAUCAUCUCUUAUAUUGGUAGAAAUAGGAAUCAAAGAAAAAAUUGUAUUUGUUGUAUAUAUAUAUCCUCGUCAGUUAUUAAGUGUUAGAAUCUGUAACAAAGUAUUAACACACAACUCAGAAAUUCACUUUUGCAUUUUAGUAUGUAUUUUAUUUAUUUCCUUUUUAGGUCAAAAUGCUAAAAAAUUAUUUAAUAGUAUGAUUCCACUGUUAUUGGCCGUUCAUUUCAUCCUGAAUGUUAAAAUAUAUAUAGGAAAUGGAAAAGGGACUAUAAUUCGAGAAUCAGCAUACAAAUUUAUUUGUUAACUGAUAGUUUGUUAAUCUUAUAAAGAUGUAAAGCGUAGAUAAAAAUCAUAAAAGUUGUAGUCUAAUAUUUUGUAAUUCCAUCUAAUGCAUGUUGAUAUGAGUCAAGGUAAUUGUAAUGCAGAUUAGUCAUGCUUGUAAGCAAUAUUCAGAGAAUAAAACUGCUUCCAUUUUUUGAGAAA